CGUUUCUCCUUCCGGGGCGGCCUGCUGGGCCUCAUGGAGGCUGUUCGGCCAGACAGCUGCGAAAGGGGGACGGUGGCGCCGCGAGCCGAAGAGAGGCCGGCUCCCGAGGCGAGGGUGCACUUCCGAGUAACCCGGUUUAUCAUGGAGGCAGGCGUCAAGCUAGGCAUGCAGUCCAUCCCCAUCGCCACCGCGUGCACCAUUUACCAUAAGUUCUUCUGCGAGAUCAACCUGGACGCAUAUGAUCUCUACCUAGUCGCCAUGUCUUCCAUUUACUUGGCCGGCAAAGUGGAGGAGCAACACUUGCGUACUCGUGACAUCAUCAACGUGUCGCACAGGUACUUUAACCCGGGCAGUGAGCCGUUGGAGCUGGAUUCCCGCUUCUGGGAGCUACGAGACAGCAUUGUACAAUGUGAGCUUCUUAUGCUACGAGUUCUGCGCUUCCAAGUCUCUUUCCAGCAUCCACACAAGUACCUGCUGCACUACUUGAUUUCCCUCAAGAACUGGCUGAAUCGUUACAGCUGGCAAAGAACCCCCAUCUCUGUAACAGCUUGGGCUCUGCUACGAGAUAGCUACCAUGGGGGGCUAUGCCUCCGCUUCCAGGCUCAGCACCUAGCCGUGGCUGUGCUCUACCUGGCCCUGCAGGUCUACGGAGUCGAGGUGCCUGCAGAGGAUUUAUACUAUGGAUACAGAGAUCCCCUAAGGCCCUGGCCGAGGCCGGACCAAAGACCAGGAUGAUCGGAGGCCUGGGGUAUCGUUCCACCAAGUUGCAGUGAUGGUGUGUCUCCACUCGGAGGACUGGUUGUGCUGACAGAGGAUGUCACUGGUGACUGCAAUGACAUGCUGUCAUUUUGCUCCCAGCAGCCCUUGUUCAAAUAAUGCUAAGAGCCUCCAUGUGGGCAGGACAUAUAGAGCUUUCUAGAAUUGGCUGCAUCAGCUUUUGCCCUUUGAGAAGAUGCUGCAUUUGAGGCAUGGACCAUUGCAGGUCGCCAACAGGAAAGUUAAAGAAUAGGACUGCACCCUUAUGGGAAGUAUGAAUGUGUAACAUAGAAUCUUAUUUUGUAUAAUAAAGAUUAUGCAAAUAAAAUAUAGGAAAGGUUUAAUGCACCA